AUGGCAGCGGCUAGUGGACACGCUGGAGUCAUCGAUAAGCUAGUCAGAAUGGGGGCCUCCGUUCAGGCAAAAACUCAAGAAGCUGAGACGCCGUUACACCUUGCCGCAAUUAGCCCCAACGCGUUGGAUGAUCGCAAAGAGAGCCCUCUGCACUACGCCGGCGGUCACGGACAUGCAAGCGCGGCUGAGAUACUGAUACAAUUUGGCGCCAAUCUCGAAGCAAUGAACCACGAGGGCAAGACGCCGCUCAGCCUAGCCGCGCAGCAUGGAGAGGAAGAAACGGUGGGUGUCUUGCUUCGACACAACGCAGACGUAAAUGCAAUGGGUAUAAGAGGUCAAACACCUCUGUGCCUCGCCAUUGGCAACGCAAAUUUGGAAACCGUCAACGCACUCCUCGCGGCGGGGGCGGACGUCAACGCAACCGACUCCGAGAGCCAGAGUCCGCUCCACAUAGCUGCUACGCGCGACAUUGAGGACGGAUAUGAAAUAGCCAAGCUUCUGCUCGAGGCUGGGGCUGAUAUGGAAGUACAGAACAAG